AUGGUAGUCAAGGGUAGGUUUUCGGUCGAGGUAGUUAACGCAGUCACCAAGAUUCCUUUCAAAGAGCACGUCAGCCGCUGUGGCGAACACUACGCGGAGGUGGAGCCGGAAGCUGAGUAUUUCCUUCGUGUUGACGUCGGGGGGCAACCUAGAAGGCGGGACAAUGAAGAAGUUUACAUCGACUUUGAAGUCGAUGGCGUCGACCUUGAUUACUGCAUCUUUAUGACUCCCAAAGAUGAACCCUACCUGUGUGGUUCCUAUGAACAGAGCAAUGGACGCGCCAUUGACUGUGCCUUACAAUUUGUUACACCGCAAAGAUCAAAGACGACCUCUGCUAGCUCGUCCCCAGCGGUAGGGAAGGAAGGGACCAUAUCCGUUUCCUUUCAUACAGCAGUCUUUGAUGGCAUGGAGAUUCGAGAAGACUUCAAGUCAACAGAAGUUGCCAGUGCUUGGAGUGGAGCUGGGGCUAGAAAAGUCAAGUCUAAUUGCAAGGUCGUUCGCUCCGGUCAGGGCGCUUUUGCCCAUGAGUACGAAGUGUCGACAGGGUUGUGCAAGCGUUUCCGCCCUGGAAAACAUUUGGAAACAAUCUACCUGAAAUACUGCACUGCCCUCGGCUUGAUCCAUGCUGGUAUUCUGCCACAACCUCCGAUUUGGGAAUUGGCUCGUAUGAAGGAACGAGCUAAACAACGGGCACUUGAUAUGACGGCGGAUGCCUUUGUAAGCGUUUCGCGGGGAUUGGAGUGCAAACUUUAUGACCUCACGCAGGACGAGGACGAUCAUGGUGAUGAUUGCCUCGAGAACUCUAGUUGGAGGAUUCCUCGUAAACCUCGUUUUAGGCGCACGCAUCAUAGUCUCAACAGGACAGGCAGGUAA